AUGCAUUCGCGAUCUAGCUUUAGCGCCUUUGCACUUGGCCUUGCUCUUGCAUGCACGCCUGUCAGAGCCGACAAGCCCUGUGACAUUUAUGCGGCUGGUGGCACGCCAUGUUAUGCAGCACAUAGCACUGUUCGUGCUCUGUACGACAACUAUAUGGGUGCACUGUAUCAGAUAAUCCGUGGCUCCGACGGUGCCACUUACGAUAUCGAUACUCUACCCAAUGGCGUCGCUCAUAUCAGUGCCCAAGACUCGUUCUGCAACGGCUCAACUUGCCUAAUAAGCAUAAUCUACGACCAGUCUGGGAGAGGAAACCACCUCACGCAGGCACCCCCUGGAGGCGCUGCUCAAGGCCCGGAAAGUGGUGGUAAAGAUUAUUUAGCAAGCGCAAUCGGUGCACCGGUCUACGUUGAUGGCUCAAAGGCAUAUGGAGUGUUCAUUUCCCCGUACACUGGCUAUCGUAAUAACAACGUCAACGACUCAAUUACAGGCGAUGCUGCCGAGGGCAUGUAUGCAGUCUUUGACGGCACACACUAUAAUGGCAACUGCUGUUUCGAUUACGGAAACGCCGAAACAAACAACCAGGACCCUGGCAAUGGUCAUAUGGAAGCCAUCUACUUUGGCAAUGGCGGAUACAAGGGUUCUGGCGAUGGGCCCUGGGUUCAAGCUGAUCUCGAGAAUGGCUUGUUUUCUGGCGCUAGCCGUGGCGUGAAUGAGGACAACAAGAGCAUCCAGGCCCGCUUUGUGACUGCGAUUCUCAAGGGUAAGACAAAUCAAUGGGCUCUCCGUGGUGGGGAUGCUACUUCGGGCUCACUAUCGACAAUGUACAGCGGCGUACGCCCAAGCGGAGGCUAUAAUCCCAUGAGCAAGGAGGGAGCUAUUAUUCUUGGGAUUGGCGGUGACAACAGCGAUAGGGCGCAGGGAACAUUCUACGAAGGCGCUAUGACGACUGGAUAUCCAUCUGAUGAUACUGAGAACAAAGUUCAGGCUAAUAUUGUUGCAGCUACAUAUGGCGUUGCCGGUCCUGUAUCUCCAAAUUUUAAAUUUGCGAAGGGUUCGGCCAUUUCCUUGCGCGCAACAACGUCCUGCUGCACAAACCGGUACAUCGCCCAUACCGGCUCGACUGUCAAUACGCAGGUUAUUUCAUCUUCUAGCAGCGCAAGUCUGAGAGCGCAGGCUAGCUGGAUCGUUCAUACAGGCCUGGGUAAUAGCCUCUGCUACUCAUUUGAAUCAAAAGACACUCCGGGCAGCUAUAUCCGUCAUUCAAAUUACGAACUCUAUCUCGACGCGAAUGACAAUAGCAAGCAGUUUGGCGAAGACGCUACAUUUUGCCCACAAACUGGAAUAAACGGUGCUGACCAUUUCUCAAUGCGAUCUUGGAGCUACCCUGCACGCUAUUGGCGCCACUACAACGCUAUACUUUACAUUGCUGGCAAUGGUGGUCCUAAUAACUUUGAUGCUACCUAUGCGUUUAACGACGACGUGAGCUUUGCGAUCACUUCGGGGCUUGCCUAG